AUGACACUCGAUAUAUUACCAAUAUUUGAUACGCACACUAAACAUCACUAUGUAAGUAGUGGAGCUACCAGUACUACAGAUAAUACCACUACAUUUACUUCAGCCACUAUUUACCAACCACAAACUACCACAAGCAGUAAUAAACCAAAUGUAAACUGUUUAUUAAAUGGAUAUAUGUUAAACCAUGAACUUCGGUUUAUCAGAAAAAUUGGUGCUGGUACCUAUGGUUUGAUUUACCUUGUGGAAAAUAUCUACACUAAACAACAAUUUGCUGCUAAAAUGGUUCUUGAACAGCCAUUACUCAAACAAAAGCAACAACAACAACAAAGUCAUCAUGGACAUAAAGGAGAAUCUAGUAUGAACAAACAAAUAAUACUGCAAGAAUUUUAUCAAUAUUUUUUAAACAAUAGUAUGCCACAACCACGAAAUUUGGACUUGAAUUACCUUCGAGACAACGGACAUGAUUGCCCCUUUUUGACUGAAAUCUCAUUACAUUUAAAAGUACAUCAACACCCAAACAUAGCGACUAUUCAUCAAGUAUUAAACAUUGAAGAUUUUGCCAUAAUAAUAUUGAUGGAUCAUUUUGAGCAAGGAGAUUUGUUCACUAAUAUCAUUGAUAGACAAAUAUUCACCAAUAAUAGUCAUAGAAAAGUUCCAAGAACAGAUUUUGAAACCCAAUUAUUAAUGAAGAAUGCCAUGUUACAAUUGAUAGAAGCCAUUGAAUAUUGUCACGAAAAUAAUAUUUACCAUUGUGAUUUAAAACCAGAAAACAUUAUGGUUAGAUAUAAUCCAUACUAUGUUCGUCCAACUAUCAAUAACAAUAAUAACAAUGGAGAAGAUGAUUUAUGCUAUGCCAACAGUAUUAUUGACUAUAAUGAAUUACACCUCGUGUUGAUUGAUUUUGGUUUAGCUAUGGACUCUGCUACCAUUUGUUGUAAUUCAUGUCGUGGAUCGUCAUUUUACAUGGCACCAGAAAGAACCACCAAUUACAACACCCAUCGUUUAAUCAACCAAUUAAUUGAUAUGAAUCAAUAUGAGUCAAUUGAAAUCAAUGGGACAACAGUGACAAAAUCAAACUGUAAAUAUUUACCUACAUUAGCUGGGGAUAUUUGGUCAUUGGGAGUAUUGUUCAUUAAUAUCACUUGUUCAAGAAACCCAUGGCCCAUUGCAUCAUUUGAUAAUAAUCAAAAUAAUGAAGUGUUUAAGAAUUAUAUGUUGAAUAAUAACAAGGCUGUUUUGAGCAAAAUCUUACCCAUUUCCUCACAAUUUAAUCGCUUAUUAGAUAGAAUUUUUAAAUUGAAUCCUAAUGAUAGAAUAGAUUUACCAACUUUAUACAAAGAAGUUAUUCGUUGUGAUUUCUUCAAAGAUGAUCAUUACUACUAUGCUCAACAUCAACAUCAUCACAAUCACAAUCAAAUCAAUAAUGCUUACAAUCACUAUCAGAAACAACCUAAUCAAGCAAGACCUACUGCAAACCAACAAUUAUAUACACCACCAGAAACCACCACUUAUAAUUCAUACGCUAGUGAUAUGGAAGAAGAUGAAAUUAGUGAUGAUGAGUUUUAUUCUGAUGAAGAAGAUGAAGAUAUUGAAGAAUAUGAAGAGGAAGAGGAAGAGUAUUUUGGUAAUGAGCAACAACAACAACAGCAAGUCACAACAGUGAAUGGUAAUUUUGGUCAAGUUAAAGGUACCUGUUAUUACGAUACCAAAACCAAAACAACUACAUAUAUAAAACCACCAGCUGCAUAUACUUUAGAGACGCCUAGUCAAAGUGUUGAAUACUGUUAA